AUGACACUAGGACUAGCAAAUAAAGAACCACAAGAACAAGAUCAAAAACAGCUUAACAACAAAAUACUUGAAGAAACAAUUCAAACUAUAAAUCAGUUUGAAGAAGAAGUAUUCCCGCAAGCAAAAUCAAGUAAUAGAAAAGGAAAACAAGUAAAAAUACCAAGUAGAUCACCAAAUCCAAAGAUAGAAGAAAAAUUUGAGCAAUUAAGAACAAAAUUGUAUCAAAUUCAACAUCAUUAUAACUAUGCUUUAGCACUAGAUAAUAAUCAAUUAGAAGAAAU